AUGAUCCAAGUUCCUCGACAGUCCUUUUCCACCGCCGCCCGUGUCCACCCUAACAUCGUCCCUCAUCUUCGACCUCAGAGAAGAAUGCCCUUUGGCAGGUGGGUCAAGCCCGUUGGGGCCGUUUUGGUCGUAGGCUACGGCGUCAAGACCUACCUCGACAUGGUUCAAACACGCCGCAUGGCUCAGAUUGAGGCCAUGGAACGCGAGAAUGCUGCCUUCAGGGAGCGCAACGAGACCCUCAUGAACAUGUACGGCGAUCGAUCCAGUCUCAACGAGCUCGAAAAGGCCAUCGAGUUUUACGAGAAGCGAUAA